UUAGCAUCUGCUUCGCCGUCCUAGAGAGGCUCAGGAGUCACCGCCACUGUAAACAAAGCGAGAAAACAACAUUAAGGACCAACACUGCUCGGGACCCUCUGAAGAGACGUACAGCAAGGAUGGAAGAAGAUAAGAAGUCUUCUAGUAUGGCUUCUGACAUGUUGUCUCUCGCGCACAAGUUAGUGUGUUUCAUUCAUUGGAGACUUAUCUAAUUGUAAUAAUCGGGUCACCAUGGAGGGCAAAACCAAUGAAGUCUUACUAUUUCAUGAUGAAAACUUCUCCAGUGACUUACUGAGGCAGCUGAACAAGCUGCGAGAAUCCAGAUUACUUACUGACGUUACCAUAUGCAGCAAUGACUGUGAAUUCCCUUGUCAUAGGAACGUCUUGGCCUCCAGUAGCCCAUACUUCAAGGCGAUGUUCUGCAGCAAUUUUAUGGAGAGUAGUCAAGACAAGGUUUGUUUGAUGGGCAUUGACCCAGACACCCUUCACCUGAUUAUUGACUAUGUCUACACUGGGGAGAUCUCCAUAACAUUGGACAACGUCUUUAGCCUCCUUCAAGGUUCUUCACUAUUACAGUAUGAAAAACUAUUGGGCGUUUGCUCAAAAUUCCUCCAGGACCAAAUGACUGCACAAAAUUGUUUAAGUAUAAUCCGAUUAUCUGAGUUCUUUAGCUGUAAGAACCUCCACAAGAAGGCUAAACAAAUGGCUUUGCAAUAUUUUAAAGACGUGUCCAUUUCAGACGACUUGAAGGAUCUCGGUGUCUCAGAACUGUUGGACUAUAUAGGAGACGACAACCUUUGCGGUGAAGAGGAACAAGUGUUCGAGGCUCUGAUGACCUGGAUCAGACACGAUGAACUUGGCCGAAAGUGCUAUAUACAAGAAUUGUUUCAAAAGGUCAGACUCCAGUAUGUCCAUCCAACUUUCCUUUUCCAUUUCAUUGCCAAUGACCCUCUUAUUCAGUCUUCAGCGUCUUGCAGGAGAAUGUUGGAAUCGGCAUGUAGAGUAUUAUUCGCUCAUAACACAACCUUCUCCCCAGACACUAAACCCAUGUGUCAUGUCCCACGUCGGUUUUCUCACCAAGAAUAUCUCAUCACCGUAGGAGGCCGGAAAGACAACCAGCAGACCACCAGAGACGUCCUGAUGUAUAAUGAGAAAACCAGUCAAUGGUUGAGGCUUGCCAAGCUUCCAGAACGUCUACACAAGGCUUCGGCCGUCGGAUUGCAUGGUAAUGUGUAUGUCCUGGGUGGGUUGUCCAUUGGCAACAAAGAAAAUACUGUCACCUCAAGUGUUUAUGUUCUGUCUCUCAAAUUAAACCAGUGGCACAAAGGUGAAGCCAUGCUUGUUCCGAGAUACUCUCACAUGAGUAUCGGAUACAGAAACUAUAUCUUCUCCAUGGGGGGAAUCGGAGCAAAACAACAAAUCCUGAACUCGGUGGAGAGGUUUGAUAGCAUUUAUAACUCUUGGGAGACAAUGGCUAGUAUGCCAGUCACUGUCCUUCACCCAGCAAUAGCCUCCAAAGAUGAAAGGAUAUACCUUUUUGGUGGAGAAGAUGUGAUGCAGAAUCCGGUCCGACUCAUACAGGUUUAUCACGUUUUCAGAAACAUGUGGUUCAGGAUGGAGACCAGAAUGGUUAAAAAUGUCUGCGCCCCUGCAGUGGUUGUUGGUGAGAAGAUUAUAAUAAUCGGUGGUUACACCAGAAGAAUGAUUUCCUAUGACAUGACACAAAAUACAUUUGCCAAGUGUGCCGACAUGAAGGACAGAAGGAUGCACCAUGGGGCCACCGUCCUGCGGAAUAAGAUCUAUGUAACAGGCGGCCGUUGUCUGACCGUGGACAACACCAUUGAGGACUCCGAUUCCUUUGACUGCUAUGACCCCAAUACUGAUACAUGGACUUCUAAGGGGAAACUGCCUUAUAGACUGUUUGACCAUGGCUGCCUUACUCUGCAGUGUAUCCCUACACAAUUACACUAAACAAAGAUAAACUUCAGGCCAAGAUCAAGUACUGUCAAUUGGUAUGGUCCAAUGCAUCGACUCUGCAUUAUUCUUAUUGUGGUGCCACAGGGGUGCUAGGAAAAUACCUUAUCAAUUCGUGACGCCAGGGCACCGUUAACCUAUACACGGUCCGAGGUUGGAGACAGCUUCUCCUGGGCCAGACACAGGGAGUAAAGGAACACACCGAUGUCAUAUUACGGAUAACUGUUUUUACUGAGCGGGGUGCAAAUGGUAUUACACAGACAGUAUGGUGCUGAGUGAUAGGAUGCAGUGUAACCCUUGGUAGCCCUGUUGCCUUGCUGGGACUGGUGGUGCUUUAACCCAAUAGUUUAAUACUGACUUGAGAGAUGAUUGAAGAUUGACCCAGGUCGCUAGGGUUCUGUCAAGGUCUUGUAGUUUCCUCCGCCAGGGCAUGAACUUCUACCUUGCGGGUGAUCCUUGCAGAAUGACCGGAUAAAGUAGAUGUGAUCUGGGCCUUCCCUUCUCCACACACCUCACACCUUUACCACAUUGGUGCUAAGGAACAACUGGAGAUGAACUGGGGCAACGCUUUCCCCCACUACACUAUAUGGCUAAGAAUUUAGGAGUUCCCAUUGGCAGGCAGGGUCACAUGGGCUUACACCGCCCCUCCCUCUUAAAGGUACAACAACACAUAAAUAACAUAGAUAGAAAUAACACCACAUGAUAAUUACAAAAAUAUAUUCACUUUUGGCAAAGUGCUGGGACAUAAUAAACACAAUAAUACGUUCCUCAGUGGGCCCAACACCUGUGCUGCAGGGCUGCCUGAGGAAGUCCAAAGCCACAGGACAACCUUUGGUACUGGGACACCACAUUAUACCAUGUGAUCCAUAUAUUCUCCAGCCCUGUUCAUUUUUUUCUGUAUUCUUUUGGGUCCUGCCCAGUGAGUGAUGUCCACACUCUUGUUUGGGGGGGGAGGCAUGGUACAUCUACUGUUUAUAAACCUGUUUUUGUGGCAUUUGCACUUUAAUACACUUGUCCAGUGUGUCCUCCGUGUUCAUUUACAUGUGAACCGAA